AUGAUUUCGAGAAGACAAAGCAUUGCGCUUAUCAUGAUUAUUUUGUGCUCUUAUACUCAAGCCAAGCUUGAAUGUCCGUCGAAAUGUCACUGUGCAGAUGACUUCUCCGUCGUGAUUUGCCGAGGAUUGGAAAAAUUCCCCGUGUUUGGCUUUGCAUCAGUCGUCAAAACUCUGUAAGUUACACCAUCAACUUUCCCAGACGCGACUACUUGAAACUGCAAUUGGCAUUCAAAUGAAUAAAAGCGUUCUCUGGCAAGUUGUAUUUAAGGACAGUUUAGUGAUGGAAACCGGAAAGUAAAAUAGUAACUGUAUCUUUCUUUGAAAGGAAAGUAGAAAAACUUUGAAACAAAGCAAUCUUGACACUGUUCGAGCUAAAUUUCAAAAUCGCUUAAAUUAUAAGAGAAACUCUUGAUAGAAAAAGGGGUAGGACGAGUGUAUUGCGAGAAAAAAGUCACUUGUUAUAGUCAGUUACUUUCUUUAUCUGUCUGUCUUUUUGAUUCUGCAGGGAUUUGACGCAUGGAAAUAUCAAACGCAUUGACUCUAGAGAUGUGAGGGCAUACUCACGUCUGGAAAGACUGUAAGUGGAAAUAAACCUCAAAGAUUUUUUAUUGUAGAAACAACUCGAAAGCGCCGAGUUUUUAUUACUGUUUGAUAAGAAAUCAACAGCAACAGAAAAAGAAUGCAUUAAUGCAGAAUAUGAUUGCAUGGUGUCUUCAGUUCUGGCCGAUUGCCUUAUGACAAAUCAUCCCCUGGAAGACAAAUUCAAAAAAGGUCUCAAUCUCGUUUCCUUUAUCUAUCCCUAGGUUUAUCAAUCACAAUCCUCUGGACUGCGACUACGUGAAUAUCUACACGCUGAAACACUUGAAAGAAACCGCUGGAUUGAAAACAUUUGACGGCCACGAAGUUGAUUGUCCACCAGUACCCUCAGUAAUGAAUGAUAGACUCUUUGGUAAAUUAAACCCAUAGCUUUUUGCUAUUCAUGUUAUGAAAAACUUUUCAAUUCAAAUGCAAUUUUUACAUCAAACAUGCGCCCCUUUAUGAAUUACAAAAUCUUACUUAUAUUUACCUCUGAAAUCACGAUGCUAAACUUUUUUACAGACAACAAUCAUCGUGGACAUUAUAAUCAUCACAUACUGUCAGGAGGAUCACCUCUGUUUGUUUUUUAUCAUGCAAGCUUUUCUCAGUUGGCGAUGGCUGUUGGGACUGUAAUGGUUGUUCUGAGCAUGCUCACUGUGGCUGUUGUUUGUUGUGUCUUGGUGUGUUAUCGGCGCAAACUGUCUCGGUGAGUGUCCAUAUUCUUCAGCGUCUUACAAUACACAAGACGAAGCUGGUACUUUGUAAGUUCUUUGUAGUUAGCUGACUAGUUCUAAACAAUGUUAAGCGCCCUCAUUCACUCUUGUCUUUGUCGUCUCUCUCUUCCAGAGGAUUUCAGCGCCAUGACUUGGCUACUGAAGAUCCCCUUAGCAAAAUAGAGAAAGGAACUGGACAUAAAUCUGGCAAGGUUGGAAAGGGAGGAAAGAAAUGUUCAAAGAAACAGCGGAAAGGCCCCCAAGGACAUCCUAAACGUGGUAAAGUCAACACGGAUGAUUCGAGUGAAGUAGAGGAGGUGAAUUAUCUAAAAGAGAAGAUGAGGAAGCAGCGAAGAGGUUCCCGGGGAUAUCCUGAAAACGUGAAAUCUGAUGACUCGCUUUUUGCAAAGGAGGAAGAUUUUCUGACAAAGAACUUAAAGAUACAGAGGAGCGUGUCCCAAGGGUAUGCUAUGGGGGCUAGAUCCAGUGACGAAGAUUAA